UGUAAUAUUUACUUCCGCCCGGCCUAGAUCGGCGUAGGGGAGGGUUAGCACGUGGGAUCCUCUGCACAGGGUUUACCGAAGUGGAUCCUAGGUGAUCUUUGGGGACGACCUUAGAGGCGAGGAUGUGGGGCCCAGCUACUGGUCUUGCUCCGCGACUGACAUGGUCAGUUUUGGCAGCUGCUGGUCGCUUUAGUACUUUGAGGUCGGGAACAACUAAGCGGAAGGACUUGCCGGCGAGGAACCGCCUUGGAUUGUCUGACUUCUCCCCACAGCAUUUACCCAAUACCGAUUUGGAGGAAUCUCCUUGGUGGAUGUCCAAGUGCCGCUCAGAGUCCGGGCGUUAUAUAACCAAUCGGAAAUUGGCUGAGACCCUGAUAAAACUUAUGCGGAAGAAACGAAAAAAUCCUGAAAAGCUAAUCCUGGAGUGCAAUCCAGGUCCUGGAAUCCUGACUCGAGCAUUACUUGAAGCUGGUGCUAAAGUGGUUGCCUUAGAAAGUGAUAAAACUUUUAUUCCACAUUUGGAGUCCUUAGGGGAAAAUAUGAAUGGAAAACUAAAAGUGGUCUACUGUGACUUCUUUAAAAUGGAUCCUGACAAUUGUACAAUAGCAAAACCGCCUGUUUACGCUUCAAAUGAGCUUUUUAAAGAUUUAAGAAUACGAGCAGUUUCUUGGAAAGCAGGUAAUUUUUGUCAUUCAAAUCUAACGGCAGGUCCCAAAAAUCCAAACUUCUAUCAGGCAUUAAGUGUACUCUGGCAAGUAGCUUGUGAUGUUAAGCUUCUGCAUGUGGAACCAUUAGAACCAAUACAWCAGAACCUGUAUUUUAUUCAAAUGACUCCUCGAAAAACUUUAUUUACAGAAGAGUUGACUCCCGUUAACUAUGAUGUAUUUUUUCAUAUGGUAAAGCACUGUUUUGGGAAGCGCAAUGCCAAGCUAGUAGAUCAUUUACAUUCAUUGAGUCCAGUUGAUGCCAAGCAUAUAUUGAGGCAAAUAAGAAAAAAUGAAGAUGUAAAAACAAUUAAUAUGUAUCCUCGAAACUUUAAACAACUUUUUCAAACUAUACAGUGUUCAGAAGAUUAUGCCCAUAAAUGGCUGUGUAAUGAGAACCUGGAAGACUCAGCCAUGUACAGAACAAAUUGUCAGAAUGUCAGCUGAAGCAUUUUAUUUGUAAACAAAUGAAAAAGAACUAAGUUUGAAAAGAUCAUAUCCUUUCAACAAGAUGACUGUUCUUUUUGAGCACAGACUAGGCRAAUAAUCUCUUCUGUUGAUACCAUUGAUAUUAUUGAUGGCUUCUGUUUUUUUCACAACAGAAUAAAAUGGAAAUUUCAGUUGAUUAUGGAUUUCAUCAGAU